ACUCAAAUUUUCAUAUGCUUCCAAGUCAGACCCAAGCAGUUCUCUUUCAAGAUUUUCUGUUAAGAGCAAAUAAGUAUAACAAACUUCAGAUGCUUGGGGAGUCCUCAGAAAAUGAUAAAAAGCUUAUUCUUAUUGAAGACAUACCUAACCAAUUCUAUCGAGACCCUAGCAGUCUACAUGAAAUUCUCAGGAGGUUUGUUCGUACCAGUAGAUGUCCCCUUAUAUUUAUAAUCUCGGACAACUUCAGUGGAGACAGGAACCAGAGGUUACUGUUCCCAACGGAAAUUCUAGAGGAGUUGUGUAUAUCCAAUAUUAGUUUCAAGCCUGUUGCACCAACAAAUAUGAUGAAAGUUCUUAAUCGAAUAGCUGCAACAGAAGCUAGUGUGAACAGAGAAAAGAAUUAUGCUCUUGAUAGAACUUCUCUGGAGUUGCUUUGCCGAGGUUGUUCAGGUGAUAUAAGAAGUGCAAUAAACAGUCUUCAGUUUUCUUCUAUGAAAGACUGCUCAUUGGAGAAGGACUUUUGGUCAAAGAAAAGGAGCUCCACACUAAAAUGUGGAGCAGCGGCAGUAUCUAAAGUAAGAAUGAAAAGUAAAUCUAAUACUUCAGAAGACCAAGAGAUACAAGCUAUUGGUGGCAAAGACGCUUCCAUCUUUCUUUUCCAUGCUCUGGGGAAAAUAAUUUACUGCAAAAGAAAACCAGUGUCAGAAUCGGAAUUUCCUCAGCUGCCUGCUCACUUAUCAGAAUACCAUCGAGACACCUUGCUUAUUCAGCCUGAGGAUAUUGUGGAAAAAUCGCAUAUGUCUGGAAGCAUGUUUAAUUUGUACCUUCACCAGAACUAUGUAGACUUUUUUUCUGAUGUAGAUGAUGUAGUGAGAGCCAGUGAAUAUUUGAGCACUGCUGAUGUCCUUUGCAGUAAUUGGAGUACAUGGCUUGUGAUGGAAAAAUACAGUGCAUCUGUAGCUACCCGAGGGGUGAUACAUUCAAAUAUGUCUAGAGCCUUUGCCCACCACCAAGGAGGGAUGGGCUUCCGGCCUUUACAUAAACCCCAGUGGUUCUUUAUCAAUAAAAAGUAUAAAGAAAAUUGCCUUGCUGCAAAAUCUCUCUUUUCAAGCUUCUGUUUACCAUCCGAGUGUCUUCAGACAGAACUAUUGCCUUAUCUUGCUAUGUUAGCAAAUCCAAUGAGAAACCAAGCUCAGAUUGCUUUUAUCCAAGAUGUUGGAAGGCUACCACUGAAAAGACAUUUUGGGAGGUUAAAGCUUGAAACACUUACUGAUAAAGAUCCUGGGAUACCAGACUUAUUUGUUAGCUCUGAGGAGGACCAUGCCGAUGUCCACGCUAUGGAGAUGGCUGCGCGGGUGGAGAAUAACAGAACGAAUGAGAAUGAAACAGAUGAAUUCCCUCUGUCUUCAAGCCAGUGCAGUGGAAGUGAACUGCCUUGCAGUCAGCCUCAGCCGGUUGCAGCUCAAGCAAUCAUGGAGGAAGACGAAUUGAAGAUAGAGGAAUAUGAUAGUGACUGAGUACAACAAAAUAUGAACCACUGACUCGCCUGAAUAGAUUAAGAUGCUACAAAGGCCUUUGCUAAAGAGAGUAUGGUCUGCACAAAAGUACUGCCUUAGCUACUUUGGUGGGGUAGGAGGCCAUGUCUAAACAUGCUGUGUC